AAUAAACAUUCCUGGAGGUGUGUGAAGAACCAAAGAAAGACAAACGAGAUCAGAAUCGGUGGUGAGAGAAUUAGAUCAUACGAUCAUAACAAUAUCCCACCUCCCACGAGUUUCAUAUGAUACUUCUUUUCAUAAAUUUCACGUGUAAUUGAUAAAAAUCUCGAAAGUAGAAUCGUACCGGUCACGUUUUAGCCCUUUGUGGUGCUUGCAGUGGUGGUUUCGGCUGGAAUACAGAACAACCAAACUGAGGGCUGGCUUCGAAUCGGAGUAGGGGAUGCACGGGUUUUCGUCCACCGGUCAACAGAUUUUGCCGUUCCGUCGAGCAUACAAAAUUAUACGCCCCAUUUUUUCAGAUAACGGCUGUCAAAAUUCACACUAUGUCAGAAUUGGUCCACAACCCUGACAUCCGAGGAGCGGACUUGUUAUCACCAAAAUUGGUUUUAGCUCGUUUGUACGUGUGGCCUUUUGGAAUCAUUUACCCUGUUUUUCUUCAAGUGUAUGUCAAGCAUUAUGACACUUAUAUUGGAGGCUCUGAGUGGACGUUUGUCUACUUGAUGGCCAUCGUGUCUUUGAACUUGUUGAUUUGGUUGAUGCCCCACUGGAAUCUUGAUAUCGACGCCAAAUUCAAUUACAUAUCCGCAUCUACCGUUUCUGAAGCCUCGCACAUCAAAAUCACCCCCGCUCCUAAUUCUGGCAUUGGUGAAAUAUGUGAGAUUCAAAGAGAGAUCUUUCCUGAUGGCGAGAAACAAGUCUCUUUUUUGUAUCAAAAAAGACGUCACUUGCUUCUCGAAAAUACAGGCAAAUUCUCACCUCCAGAAUUUAAGAUAGAUGAGUUACCAAAGUUAUCCUAUUUCCAAACCCAUGCUGGGUUAUCUGGAAAUUUGGAAAAGGCGACGAGAAAUUUUGGACUUAACAGAUUUGACAUCCCCAUUCCUACCUUCUUGGAAUUGUUCAAGGAACAUGCCGUUGCCCCAUUCUUUGUUUUCCAAAUAUUCUGUGUGGCCUUAUGGUUGAUGGAUGAACAAUGGUAUUACUCUCUUUUCUCUUUGUUCAUGUUAGUCUCUUUCGAAAUGACAACAGUGUUUCAGAGAAGAACUACUAUGAAUGAAUUUCAAAGUAUGGGCAUCAAACCAUUCACGAUAUACGUUUACAGAGAUGAAGAAUGGAUACAAGUUCAGACGGAUCAAUUAUUGCCUGGUGAUAUCGUUUCUGUGACACGUACCAAUGACGAGAGUGCAAUGCCUUGCGACUUACUUCUUCUCGAUGGCACUGCAAUUGUAAAUGAAGCCAUGUUAUCUGGUGAGUCAACCCCAUUAUUGAAAGAGUCUGUAAAAUUAAGACCUUCGAACGAAUUCUUACAACCAGACGGUCUUGAUAAGAAUUCUUUCUUGUACGGAGGAACUAUGGCUUUGCAAGUUACAGCUCCCGAAGACUCAAUCGUGCCUGUUGCGCCUGAUGGUGGUGCAUUGGCUUACGUUUGUAAAACAGGAUUCGAGACCUCCCAAGGAUCUUUAGUGAGAAUGAUGAUAUUUUCUAGCGAAAGAGUUUCCGUUGACAACAAAGAAGCAUUCUUCUUCAUCUUGUUUUUGCUAAUUUUUGCCAUUGCUGCUUCGUGGUAUGUUUGGGUGGAGGGCACAAGAAUGGGCAGAAUCCAGUCAAAAUUGAUCUUAGACUGUAUCAUCGUCAUCACUUCGGUGGUGCCGCCCGAGUUGCCAAUGGAAUUGACUUUGGCUGUGAACUCUUCCUUGUCAGCCUUGCAAAAAUAUUUUAUCUAUUGUACCGAGCCAUUCCGUAUUCCAUUAGCUGGAAGAAUUGACGUUUGUUGCUUUGACAAGACUGGAACAUUGACUGCUGAAGACUUGGUUUUCAAAGGAUUGGCUGGGUUGACAAAUGGACAACCUACCAGUCUCCUUUCUUGUGAUGAAGCACCUGAAUUUACUGCCCAUGUAUUGGGAUCUGCUCAUGCUUUAGUGAAACUUGACAACGGGGAGGUUGUUGGUGACCCAAUGGAACAAGCAACAUUAAAAGCUGCCAACUGGACUGUUGGUUUUAAAGAUUGCGUGGAAAGACCCAUAGGUGAAGUAACGGAGAAAAUCAGGGUUUUACGUCGGUUCCAGUUUUCUUCAAGCUUGAAGAGAUCAUCUGCAAUUACAUCCAUCAGUACCUUGCCAAACCGCAAUUUUGUUGCUGUUAAAGGUGCCCCAGAAACAAUCAGAAACAUGUUAGUGGAUGCUCCCGAAAAUUAUGAAGACUGCUACAAAUCUUUUACUAGGGCCGGAUCUCGUGUUUUAGCAUUGGGCUACAAAUAUUUAGACUCCAAAGCGAAAAUUUCUAAGGUAGAAAGAGACGAAGUGGAGUCAAAUUUGUCUUUCGCAGGUUUUAUCGUUUUUCAUUGCCCUUUGAAGAACGAUGCCAUAGAAACCAUUGAAAUGUUGAAUGAUUCUUCUCAUCGCUGUGUAAUGAUUACGGGUGAUAAUCCUCUCACAGCAUGUCAUGUUGCAAAGGAAGUCUCAAUUACUACAAAGAAUGUUUUGAUUUUGGACUUUCCUGAAGACCAUCACGGUGUAUCCGAGGAGCACAAUUUGACCUGGAGAAGCGUCGAUGAGUCAACAGUCAUUCCAUUCAAAAGCAGCGAUUCUAUCGACCUUGAUUUGUUUGAAAAACACGAUAUCUGUAUCACCGGUUACGCUUUAAGUCAUUUGAGCGACCACCCGCAGAUCAUGGAUUUGUUGAAGCACACGUGGGUAUAUGCCAGAGUGUCUCCAUCCCAGAAGGAGUUCAUUUUAACUUCUUUAAAGAAUGCAGGCUAUAGCACACUAAUGUGCGGAGAUGGUACCAAUGAUGUUGGUGCUUUGAAACAGGCUCAUAUUGGUGUUGCUUUAUUGAACGGUACCGAGGAAGGGAUGAAAAAGAUAGCUGAAAACAGGAAGAUUGAGACCAUGAAGACUGUGUAUCAUAAACAAGCUCAGCUCAUGGCCAACUGGCUGAGACCACCACCACCAGUUCCUGCUCUCAUUGCUCACUUAUAUCCACCUGGACCUUACAACCCGCAUUACUUGACAUGUUUGCAAAAGCGUGGAGUUGAGAUAACGCCAGAAAUUAGGCAAAAUGUGGAAAUUGCGAAGAAAAACGGUACGCUCCCAAUCGAAUUUAUCAAAGAUGAUAAAGGCAAGCCUGUAUCAGCUUCGGAAUUUGCUGAUGGUAUUAUGUCUUCUUUGAAUACUGGCGAGGAUGAAGAUGAGGUUCCCUCCUUGAAAUUGGGAGAUGCAUCUGUUGCCGCUCCAUUUACUUCCAAAUUGUCCAAUGUUUCGGCUGUAACGAACAUUGUUCGUCAAGGCCGAUGUGCGCUUGUUUCAACUAUUCAGAUGUACAAAAUUUUGGCUUUGAACUGUUUGAUUUCAGCUUAUUCUUUGUCUGUUUUAUACUUGGCUGGUAUCAAAUUUGGUGACGGUCAGUCUACAGUUUCUGGAAUCUUGUUGUCCGUUUGUUUCUUCUCGAUCUCUCGCGGUAAACCGCUUAACAAAUUGAGUAAGGAGCGUCCUCUGAGCGGUAUAUUCAAUGUUUAUAUCAUGGGCUCUAUUUUAGGACAGUUUGCGGUACACAUCACCACAUUGAUCUACAUCACCCGCGAAAUUUACAUUUUGGAACCUCGUGAAGCACAGGUUGAUUUGGAAAAGACUUUCUCGCCAUCUUUGUUGAACACGGGUAUGUUUUUGCUCCAAUUGGCCCAACAAGUUUCAACCUUCGCAGUGAAUUACAUCGGAUUGCCUUUCAAGGAGGGAAUUAGAGACAACAAGGGUAUGUAUUAUGGACUUUUGGGAGUUUCAGCACUAUCUCUUAUUGGGUCUACCGAGUUCAUGCCCGAAUUGAACGAGGCGAUGCAAUUUGUUCCCAUGACUCUAGAUUUCAAAUUCAAGUUGACGGGGAGUAUUGUCCUUGACUUGGUGGCUACCUGGGCUAUUGAAAUUGCGUUGAAGCAUUUUUUCAUGAAUUCAGGGGCUGCGGACAUCGCACGAAGAGUGUAAAUGCUCGUGGAUACUCCAUUGUGGUGUACAAUUUCAAUUUCAUAGAGAAUAUUAAUCCGUUUUGUUGAUCUUAUCUAAAUCUUGGUUGCGGUUUAGAGGAAAUAUCUUGAUUGCAUGGAUUUCACCAACCUGUAUAACUUUUACCUUAUCUUGUAGGACACGUGCUAUUUCAUGGAUAGUGUCACUGAUUUCUUCAUCAGUCAUUGAGUACGAGAGUGAGUCUUUAAUGAUCGAUAUCAACUUUCUUGUGGGAACAGUUUUGAAAGGUUUUUGUUCACCUGCAUUCAUCAGAGUCAAUUCAUAAAGUAUAUCGUACACCACAGGAACCUUACUUCUG